CUGGGCUGUUUCCGUCAUUGACGGCUUGUCGCAAAACCGCGGAACACUCGCGCCCUCCCCCCCCGGGCCUUGAGAGGUUUCUUUUCCCAAGUUACUCGCCGUCGACCGUUAAGCGAGGCGGGCGGGCGGCGCCUCUUCCCGGCUCCCCUUCCCUGUCUUCCCUCCCUCCCUCCCUUCCUCUCUCCCUCCGAAAUGCCCCCCAAGAAGCAGCCCGCGGCGGCGGCCUCGGGGGGCAACAAAAAGACGGACCAGAAGAAGAAGGAGAAGAUCAUCGAGGACAAAACCUUCGGCUUAAAGAACAAGAAGGGAGCAAAACAGCAAAAGUUUAUCAAGGCUGUCACCCACCAAGUUAAGUUUGGUCAGCAGAAUCCAAAGCAGGCUGCUCUAGCAGAAGGAGACAAAAAAUUGAAGAAAGAUGACAAGAAGAAAGAAUUACAAGAGCUGAAUGAGCUUUUUAAACCUGUGGUCGCUGCACAGAAAAUUAGUAAAGGCGCUGAUCCGAAAUCCGUUGUCUGUGCUUUCUACAAGCAAGGGCAGUGCACAAAGGGAGACAAAUGCAAAUUUUCUCAUGAUCUAACUUUGGAGAGAAAGUGCGAAAAGCGAAGUGUUUAUAUUGAUGCAAGAGAUGAAGAACUUGAGAAAGACACGAUGGAUAACUGGGAUGAAAAGAAGCUGGAAGAAGUAGUGAACAAGAAACAUGGUGAAGCUGAAAAGAAAAAACCCAAAACCCAAAUAGUCUGCAAGUACUUCCUUGACGCUAUUGAAAACAAUAAGUAUGGAUGGUUUUGGGUCUGUCCUGGUGGUGGAGACAACUGUAUGUACCGUCAUGCGCUCCCUCCUGGUUUUAUACUCAAAAAGGACAAAAAGAAGGAGGAAAAAGAAGAAGAAAUAUCUCUAGAAGAUCUAAUAGAAAAAGAGCGGGCUGCUUUAGGAGCAAACGUUACUAAAAUUACCCUAGAGUCUUUUCUUGCGUGGAAGAAAAGGAAAAGGCAAGAAAAGAUCAUCAAAGCUGAGCAAGAUAUGGAAAGGAGGAAAGCCGAUUUUAAGGCUGGGAAAGCACUGGUGAUCAGUGGACGAGAAGUGUUUGAGUUUCGGCCUGAGUUGGUUGAUGCAGAUGAUGAAGAAGCUGAUGACACCCGUUACAUUCAAGGAAUAGGCGAAGAUGAGGACAAAACCUUCGGCUUAAAGAACAAGAAGGGAGCAAAACAGCAAAAGUUUAUCAAGGCUGUCACCCACCAAGUUAAGUUUGGUCAGCAGAAUCCAAAGCAGGCUGCUCUAGCAGAAGGAGACAAAAAAUUGAAGAAAGAUGACAAGAAGAAAGAAUUACAAGAGCUGAAUGAGCUUUUUAAACCUGUGGUCGCUGCACAGAAAAUUAGUAAAGGCGCUGAUCCGAAAUCCGUUGUCUGUGCUUUCUACAAGCAAGGGCAGUGCACAAAGGGAGACAAAUGCAAAUUUUCUCAUGAUCUAACUUUGGAGAGAAAGUGCGAAAAGCGAAGUGUUUAUAUUGAUGCAAGAGAUGAAGAACUUGAGAAAGACACGAUGGAUAACUGGGAUGAAAAGAAGCUGGAAGAAGUAGUGAACAAGAAACAUGGUGAAGCUGAAAAGAAAAAACCCAAAACCCAAAUAGUCUGCAAGUACUUCCUUGACGCUAUUGAAAACAAUAAGUAUGGAUGGUUUUGGGUCUGUCCUGGUGGUGGAGACAACUGUAUGUACCGUCAUGCGCUCCCUCCUGGUUUUAUACUCAAAAAGGACAAAAAGAAGGAGGAAAAAGAAGAAGAAAUAUCUCUAGAAGAUCUAAUAGAAAAAGAGCGGGCUGCUUUAGGAGCAAACGUUACUAAAAUUACCCUAGAGUCUUUUCUUGCGUGGAAGAAAAGGAAAAGGCAAGAAAAGAUAAUCAAAGCUGAGCAAGAUAUGGAAAGGAGGAAAGCCGAUUUUAAGGCUGGGAAAGCACUGGUGAUCAGUGGACGUGAAGUGUUUGAGUUUCGGCCUGAGUUGGUUGAUGCAGAUGAUGAAGAAGCUGAUGACACCCGUUACAUUCAAGGAAUAGGCGAAGAUGAGAUCGAUGAGCUUGUACGGGUAAACGAUGUGGAUUUGAACCUGUAUGUUCCGAAAGCUGUAGAUGAAACUGGCAUUACAGUAGCUAGUCUGGAACGAUUUAGCACAUACGCUGCAGCUGAAAAGGACGAUAACAAGCUGAGUGAAGCUUCAGGUGGCAGACUAGAGAACGGAGACCAGAGUGACUCUGAAGCUGACAGCGAGACAGAAGGCACCCAGGAAAAUGGAGUGCUUGAUGCAGUGCCAGUUGAUGAAAACCUUUUCACUGGCGAGGACUUAGAAGAACUAGAGGAAGAACUAAACACACUUGAUUUAGAGGAAUGAACAAACAGGUUCAAAUGUGAAUUUAAUCUACUUGGCAAAUUGAGUACUGGCUCCGUCUGUUUUCUCUAGAAUUCGUAAAUCGAGUGUUCUUGGUUUCUCUGUGAUUCUGGAAUGAACACAACACAGAAAUAUUUCCCCCUUCCAUUUUUUUCUGAUGGCUUUCUAACCAGAUUCAUACAAUACCACCUGUACUAGGACACUGAGAGGAUUCUUAGCAUCUAAUGACAUUGUUAUGGAACUCCAGUGAAAAGUAGGACGUCUAAACGACUUUUCCAGGAAGAGCUAAGGGGAACAUUGUUACCAGAUCCAUGAGAAGGUCUGAAUGAAAGCUUUGAGCAGAAUUGUAUUUGAAAUAAAUAUGUUUGAGUGGUAACCAAUUGAGCGAUGUACUGUGCAAUCAAACUGAUAACAGAUCAAAACAGCUGUGCUCUUGCAAGUCUUAAGAAAUUGGCCAAGUAAUCCAAAACAAACAAAUUCUUAAGGUAGAGAUUUGUGAAGUAUGGGGCCCUCCUGAUUCAGAACUUUGAACGUAAGCCACAACGGUGUAAAUAAAGAUUAUCUGAUUGAAAAACA